CUUUACUUGUGUCAGCUGUAUUAAAAACAAACCUCCAGCAAGUGAGCUUAACUGCAUUUAGCUUCUGUUAGUGUGUGUUUUUUGCUCUUCUAGUUCUGCAAUAGAUUAGACUGAAUUUAAUUCAGAAAGGGGAGUGGAUAUGUUGCCCAACAUUUCCAAGACUUACAUUUUGGUCAUCUUUGGGUUUCUUCUCAUCCUUUCAGGGGCCAUCUAUACCUACCUUGAUAAUACCACCGUACCAUUCAGCUUCUGCGAGCCGUGUCAGGAAAACCCUGAGCCAGUUGUGGAUGAAGCAGUAACGGGUGUAGAGGUGAAACAAUGUCUGCACAAGGGGGUUGGAGACCUAAAAAUGCAAGCCGGACUGCAUUAUCCUCAGCCAAGCACAUUGAUAGGACGCACUGAUGUGAACUCUGUGACAAACUGGAAUGCUCCUCUGGUUUGGGAGGGAACCUUUGAUCCAGUGGUGAUUGAUGACAUCUACAGGAGGAUGAACCCGAGAGUUGCUGUGGUGGUUCUUGCUGUUGGCAAAUACACUCGUUUCCUGAAGGGUUUCCUUGAAUCGGGUGAAAAGUACUUUCUUGUUGGUUUCAGGGUCACAUACUAUAUCUUCACAGACAAUGAGCAGGAUGUUCCCAAUGUUAAACUAACAAAAGGCCGGAAGAUUACAGUUCUCCCUGUCCCCAGUGCCAAACGCUGGCAGGACGUAGUACUCAGCAAGAUGAAAUGGGCAACCAUCUCCAUUGACAAACAAAUCCGUAAUGAGACCGAUUAUCUUUUCAUGAUGGACAUCGACAGUAUCUUCCACAACCGUUUUGGAGCAGAGAGUCUCAGUCGGAUGUCUGCUGUCCUUCACCGUGGCUACUACAAGAAUACAGAAAGGGAUAAGUUUCCAUAUGAGCGUCGUCCUCAGUCCAAGGCCUAUAUUCCUCCUGGUGAAGGAGACUACUACUACACUGCAGCUGUGUGGGGUGGAUACCUGGAGGACAUGUACAGGCUCGUCAAAUACUGUUAUGAGCAGUCAGAGGAAGACGCAAAGAACAACAUUGAAGCAGCGUGGCAGGAAGAGAGUCACCUUAACAAGUACUUGUUGUACAACAAACCAGCUAAGGUGCUGUCUCCAGAAUACCUGUGGUCAGAUUAUGAUGCACCUGGAUCAGACAUUAAGCUCAUCAGGAUCUCUCAGUUGGUGAAGAACUAUGCUGAAGUGCGACCCAAUGGUGGAAAUUAAUGUCACAUCAAUGAUAUUAAAGAAGUAAAACCUUUGUACUAAUAAUAAAAAUCAGACUAUAUGUAUGGAUUGCUUUCCAGAUUGCACAUUUUGCAUACUGAAAGGCAUAAAACUGUUCUCUGCAGAAAUGUAUGAUUAACUUUGUGGUCAGCUUUCACUAAAAACAAAAAUCUUAAAUCAAAAUAGACAAGAUGUGCUUGUUUUAAAGCAUGGCCAUAUAAAAAUGAGUAAUUCUGUUUGGAUGGCAGACGCCAGUGUCAAACCUAAUUGGGUGAAUGAUUUAACAGGGGAAAAUUGAUUUGCAUGUAUUGCUAAAAACCGUAUAUUAAAUCGUGAAAGAUAAUUGCUGUCUGACUUGCUUCUGUUGUAAGCCAUUAUUAUAUUGCACCAGCAUUACAAUGCUCAGGGCAGAGGAGGAAAUGUUGUGUUCUUUUUGUUGAUGUUCUGUGUUUAUACAGAGAUCUGUAUAUUUUGUACAACCUGUGACUUGUUUUUUCUCUUUUUUUUUCUGAAAAGUACAAAACAGAGGGUCCGGACUUUUAUGGUAAACAAUAUCACUUUUAAUUUAUUGCUUUAAGAUGUACACAUAAGGUCACAUGGACUGGCGACCUGUCCAGGGUGUCCCCUGCCUUCGCCCGAGUCAGCUGGGAUAGGCUCCAGCA